AUGAGCACCCGCAGCGACAGCAGCAACAGAAGCAGCAGCAGCAAAAACACGGGCAGCAGCAACAAUGAGCGCAGCAGCAACGGCAGCAGGGGUAGCUGCAGCCAGCGCUCCACUGCUGCGGACAGCAGCAGCAGCAGCAGCAGCAGCAGCGACAGCGACGGGCCUCCUGCUGCUGCAGCAGCAGCAGCUCCUGUUCCUUUGCGCAGCAAGAAGUCGCUGGCAGCAAAUUCGGAAAUCUGCGGGCGUCCCUUCCAUCGGCUGCGGCUGACCGCCUUGCUGCUGCUGCUCCUGCUGCUGCUCGUGCUGCAGCAGCAGCAGCAGCAGGAGCAGCACAGCAGCAGCAGCAGCAGGAGCAGCAGCAGCAAGAGGAGCAGCAGCAAGAGCAGCAGCCGCCAGAGCAGCAGCAUCAGUUCCUGCAUGAGGCCCCCUAUGGGGGCCCUCCAAAGCUGCGCAGCACCGCUCGCCAGGCAGCAGCAGCAGCAGCAGCUGCUGCUGCUGUUGCUGCUGCGGUGGAGCAGCAGCCGUCGACCACCAGCAGCAGCAGCUGCUGCUGCUGCUGCUGCUGCUGCAGUGGCUGCGGAAGCAGCAGCAGCAGGGGACAUGCUGCUGCUCUCGGUCCCCGACAGCUACUCCACCUUAGCAGCAAAAACCCUCACCGUGCUGCAGUGGCAAGCAGCAGCAUGUCCUGCUGCUUCCUUCUUGAUAAAGGUGGACGGGGACGUGCUGCUGCAGCAGCGGCGGCAGCUGCUGCUGCUGCUGCAGCAGCAGCAGCAGCAGCAGGCCCUCGUGCUCGGGGACCUCAAAGAGGGGCCCUUCGGGGGCCUCGCUCAGCGCAGCAAAACAAAUAAAAGUCAUCAGCCUUCAGAUAUAUAUCCUUACAUGUACUACCCAAGUUAUGUGCUGGGGGGGAUGUACAUUUUGUCUGCUGCUGCUGCUGCUGCUGCUGCUGCUGCUGCAGCACAACUCCCAGAAGUCUUCAAUGAAGACACGCUCGUGGGCCUCGCUCUCCGCCUCUUCGGCGUUGCGCCGCAGCAGCUGCCGCUGCCGCUGCAGUUUUUUAGCAGGCCCAACCCGCUUGAGCUGCAGCAGCCUGCUGCUGCUGCUGCUACUGCAGCAGCAGCAGCAGCAGAGCCGGGCGAAGACCCUGACGAGCACCGCCACUUUUGCUACCUCGCCAGAUUUGCUGCUGUUCAUUCUGUGUCUCUUUUUACUCUCAAGAGAUACUACAAAUGGAGGCAGCAGGGGGGACACACGCGCUGCAGCAGCUGCGGCAGCAGCAGCAGCAGCGGCUACAGCAGCUGCUGCUGCUGCACGAGCAGCGCCUGCAGCUACAACAGCACUGGCAACUGCAGCAGCAGCAGCAAUUGCUGCCCGUAG